GGUGACUCCGCCGUAUCUAGAACCGCCCGGUUCACUCCUCUUCUCACAAACCCUAGGCUGGAUACAUUUUACUAUGUCGAACUGUUAGGGAUCAGCGUCGGAGGCACGCCUGUUUUCGGCAUCUCCGCUUCACAUUUCAAGCUCGAUUCGAACGGAAAUGGUGGAGUCAUCAUCGAUUGCGGUACCUCCGUCACUCGAUUAAACCGACCGGCGUACAUAGCCUUGCGCGACGCCUUCCGUGCUGGAGCCUCGAGUUUGAAAUUGGCCCCUGAGUUUUCCCUUUUCGAUACUUGCUACGACUUAUCCGGGAAAACGACGGUGAAGGUUCCGACGGUGGUGCUACAUUUUAGAGGCGCUGACGUGUCGUUACCAGCGUCCAAUUAUCUUAUCCCGGUCGACGACAACGGGAGGUUCUGCUUCGCCUUCGCUGGAACGACCAGUGGGCUGUCCAUCAUCGGCAACAUUCAGCAGCAAGGAUUCCGGGUCGUGUACGAUUUGGCGGGUUCCCGGGUCGGAUUCUCCCCUCGUGGUUGUGCCUGAUGUCGACGGACCGACGUAAUGCAAGGCCGGGAAAAUCCUCCCGCCGCCGUCUGUCCAUUUCCUUUUUUCAGUUCAGUCGUGAUGAUUAAAAAUAAAGAAAAAGAAAAAAGGAAAAGGUUUAAACAGACUAGCUGAGCUGUAUCAGUAUCACAAAAUUGUUGGAGAAAGGAGUAUAUGGACUCAGAACGGUGUCGUUUAAUGUUUACUAUUUUACUUGACUUCUUCUAUCUUUACCCUUUGAAUAUUUUAGUCUGCCAAAUCAGUGUCUUAUUU